AUUAUUUAGCCUGUUCAUCAAUAUUUAAGGCAGCUUAGUUGACAGACUAAGUCAAUGAACAGACAGUCUGGACCGAUUCAAACAACACCAGAGGUUUAUUUUUAAGGAAAAUAAUCUUCAGUCUUUAACAGGUCAUCUGGUUUCCUCACUAUGUCAUUGGUACUGAUGUGUACCACGACUUCUGACUGCUCUCCCUCCCCCUUAAAAAUCCUGUAGAGUCGAUCAGAGGCAUCCCUGACCCUGGCACCUGGGAGGCAACACACCAUUUAGGAGUCUUGUUCGGUACCACAGAAUCUCCUGUCUGUGCAGGGAUCCCCUCUGGCCGUUCCCCUCAAUAAUGGAUUACUACGGAUUUAUCUUCCUGACAGUUCUUGCUUCAAUUAUUGAAGAUACAUUUGCUACCUCCUGUGUGGUGGAUCAAUUCACUGUGAAGAGUGGAUUUGACCACAAAAGGUAUACUGGCAAGUGGUAUGCUGUGGCAAAGAAAGAUCCCGAAGGGCUCUUCCUUCAGGACAACAUCUCAGCUGAAUACUUUGUGGAUGAUGAGGGAAGAAUGACAGCUUUAUCAAAGGGAAGAGUGAAACUUUUUGGGUUCUGGGUGAUCUGUGCAGAUAUGGCGGCUCAGUAUAGUGUACCUGACCCUCACGUCCCAGGAAAAAUGGAGAUGGCUUACCAGGGACUUGCAAGCUACCUGUCCAGUGGAGGUGAUCACUACUGGGUUAUUGACACUGACUACGAUAACUAUGCCAUUACCUACGCCUGUCGAAGGCAAAAAGAUGAUGGAACCUGUGAUGAUGGUUAUGCCAUCAUAUUCUCCCGCAGCCCACUCGGUCUUCCACCAAACUACCAGCGCAUUGUUCGUCGGAAACAAGAAGAGAUUUGCCUUUCUGGGCAGUUUGAACCAGUGCUGCAAUCUGGUGCUUGUCCUUGAAGUCUAAUAAGAAAAAGAACUUUUCUGAAGACAGAACACUUACAUUACAAAAUGGAAUUCCAAUGAGAGAUUAUAUCUAGAGUUGAGAAUGACUUAGAGACCCUUAAAAAAUAUCCUGGUCAAAUGUAGCAGCAGGCCAGGCAGCAUCAGAGGAGCAGGAAAGCUGACGUUUCGGGUCUGGACCCUUCUUCAGAA